AUGACGGGGAAAGCGGGGGAAGCGCUGAGCAAGCCCAAAUCCGAGACUGUGGCCAAGAGUUCCUCGGGGGUCGCCCCGGCCAGGUGCACGGGGUUCGGCAUUCAGGAGAUCCUGGGCUUGAACAAGGAGCCCCCCAGCUCCCACCCGCGGGCUGCCCUCGACGGCCUGGCCCCCGGGCACUUGCUGGCGGCGCGCUCCGUGCUCAGUCCCGCAGGAGUGGGCGGCAUGGGGCUGCUGGGGCCCGGGGGGCUCCCCGGCUUCUACGCGCAGCCCACCUUCCUGGAAGUGCUGUCCGACCCGCAGAGCGUCCACUUGCAGCCGCUGGGCAGAGCGUCGGGGCCGCUGGACACCAGCCAGACGGCCAGCUCGGAUUCUGAAGAUGUUUCCUCCAGCGACCGAAAAAUGUCCAAAUCGGCUUUAAACCAGACCAAGAAACGGAAGAAGCGGAGACACAGGACAAUCUUUACUUCCUACCAGCUAGAGGAGCUGGAGAAGGCAUUCAAUGAAGCCCACUACCCAGAUGUCUAUGCCCGGGAGAUGCUGGCCAUGAAAACGGAGCUGCCAGAAGACAGGAUACAGGUCUGGUUCCAGAACCGCAGAGCCAAGUGGAGGAAACGGGAGAAGUGCUGGGGCCGGAGCAGUGUCAUGGCGGAGUACGGGCUCUAUGGGGCCAUGGUGCGGCACUCCAUCCCCCUGCCAGAGUCUAUCCUCAAGUCUGCCAAGGAUGGCAUCAUGGACUCCUGUGCCCCGUGGCUGCUGGGGAUGCACAAAAAGUCGCUGGAGGCCGCAGCGGAGUCGGGGAGGAAGCCCGAGGUGGAGCGCCAGGCCCUGCCCAAACUCGACAAGAUGGAGCCGGAGGAGCGGGGCCCCGACCCUCCAGCGGCCAUGUCCCAGGAGGAACUGAGGGAGAACAGCAUUGCGGCGCUCCGAGCCAGAGCUCAGGAGCACAGCACCAAAGUGCUGGGGACUGUGUCUGGGCCCGACAGCCUGGCCCGGAAUACCGAGGAGCCAGAGGAGGAGGACGCCAUGGAAGAAGACAGGCCAGCGGAGAAGCUGAGUCCACCACAGCUUGAGGACAUGGCUUAGGUCAAGGGCACGCAGCUACCGGAGCCCCAGGACUCUGCUCUCUUCGGGGCCUGUGGUGUCAGGAGGUGUUCUCUGAGGCAGGGCCCGGGCCUGGCCUCUGCCCCCCUCCCCCGGCCCCACAGGCCCUCCAUGACCCCCGGGGUGACUUCAGGCACAACUCAGUUCUGGCCGAGGCUUUGGGCCACGCGGAGACACCCCCUAUCUGGUCUUGACCUCUCCAGCAUCCUCCCCUUCACCCCAACAGCCCUGCCUCAGAAGCCUUCUUGCUGUCCCAAACCACCCCUUCAAGCCGCUUUCACUCAAUCCCUUGGCGACUCUCCCUGUCCAAAUCCACCCCUUACUCUCUGUUCUCUCGCUUGCAAGAGCCUCCCCUUCCCAGCUCUA